GAAUAACAUCGUCUAUGAAUAUAGUUUGUCACAUGGUAUUUUAAUUAAAAUUCUUCAUUUAACAAUCAUUUUUCAUCAUCCAUAAUGAAACCGAAUCAAAUUCCCGAUGAAAUAAUCAAUGAUCCAAUACUUAAUCAACGUAUUGCACAAUUUUUACCGGAUAAUUAUAAUUUCGAAAUACAUAAAACAAUAUGGCGUAUACGACGAGAUGGUUCAAAACGUAUUUGUUUACAAUUUCCUGAUGGUCUUUUUAUUUUUGCCAUACCUAUUGUCGAUAUAUUACGAGAAUUUCUUACGGAUGAUGUUGAAUUUAUUAUUAUGGCCGAUGUUGCAUAUGGUGCAUGUUGUAUAGAUGAUAUGAAAGCACGUGAAAUGGAUUGUGAUAUGCUCGUGCAUUAUGGCCAUUCAUGUUUGGUGCCAAUCAAUCGAAUGGCAUCAGGAAUAUCAAUACUAUAUGUUUUUGUUGAUAUAAAAUUUGAUCUGUUACAUUUUAUUCAAACAGUUGUUAAAAAUUUUACACCCACCGAACAUCAAAUAUGUUUAGCAUCGACCAUACAGUUUAUACGAUCCACGCAUUUGGCCGCUAAAGAAUUACGAGAAAAAUAUUCAUUCAAUGUUUAUAUUCCACAAUCACGUCCAUUAACACCGGGUGAAAUUUUAGGCUGUACGGCACCAAAAUUAAAAUCAAAUGAUGCAAAUACAAUUAUAUUCAUAGCUGAUGGUCGUUUUCAUUUAGAAGCAUUAAUGAUUGCCAAUCCUGAAUUACCAGCUUAUCGUUAUGAUCCAUAUAGUAAAGAUAUGACACAUGAACAUUAUCAAUAUGAUCAAAUGAUCAAGCAACGAACACAAGCAAUCGAACGUGCUGAAAAAGUUUUACGUAAUAAUCAAUCAAUUGGAAUUAUAGUUGGAACACUUGGCCGUCAAGGUAGUCUUCGAAUUGUCGAUGCUUUAGAAAAUUUAUUACGAAAAAAAUCAAUACAAUCAUCUGUUUUUUUGUUUGCAAUAUCCGAAAUCAAUCCGAAAAUGUUACAUGAACUUGGUGGCGAUACUAUCGAAUGUUGGAUACAGAUUGGCUGUCCUCGUUUAUCCAUUGAUUGGGGUGCAGAUUUUGUUGACAAACCAUUAUUAACACCAUUUGAAUUUCGUACGGUUGUCAAAAAUCUUGAUUCGAAUGAAAUUGAUUUGAAAAAUCAAUAUCCAAUGGAUUUUUAUGCAACAUCAAGCCUUGGUAAUUGGACACCGAAUCAUAAAUGUCAUAAUGAUUGUCAAUGUGAAAAAAUAAUUUAGUUUUUUUUAAUUAUUUUUGAAAAUUUUAAAUUUUUAAAAAAUAAAAAUCAUUCUCUAUCA